GGUAUUUGAUCUCUCCAACCUUAUAAAGAUCAAAUUAAAAGAAAAGAAAAAAAAAAAACAUUAAAAACGAAACUAUGACUCACGGCUGUCUUCGCGCCACGGCAGCAGCAGGGCAGCUCCCGCCCGCGCCCCUUUUCCACCGGCAGCAUUAAACGGCGGCGGAUUUCAACUCCCACAAACAACAAAAUCAAGAGAGCUGAAAAAAAUUGUUGCAACAAUGGAUCAUUACAAGAUAUUGGGGAUUCAUAAGAGCGCGAGCAAGGAAGAGAUCAAGCAAGCUUUCCGCAAAUUGGCGAUGGAAUUUCACCCCGAUAAACACUCCCAAUCUCCCAAAAGCUUGAAAGAUUCCGCCACCGUAAAAUUCAAGCAGCUGUCGGAGGCCUACGAGACUCUCAUCGAUGACCGCAAGCGCGCCGAUUACAAUCUCAGAAGAAAUACAUACGGGAACGGGCCUCAUCAAAAUCAAAAUAAUCGAUAUAAUUACCACUACGGCGGCGACGGCGGCGGCGGCGGAGGCUAUGGUUAUAGAGAUCCUUAUGCUAAUAGGUAUAGUGGAUCGGCGAGAAGAGGCGGCGGCGGCGGGGGUUUCGUGAGAUUUGAGAUGGGCCUUCGGUAUCUCACCACAAAAAGUUUUCUUCUCAAUGCCACUCUUAUCAGUAUCUUGUUAGGUGGGAUGUUUAUCAUUGAUGCUAGCGGCAAGGCACUAUGGAAGAUGCAUAAUACGGGGAAAUCUUUCGAAGAGACGAUGGAGUCCAUAGAAAAAGCUAAAGCUAGCAAGGAUAGCUCUGAAUGAGCGUCGUCAAUGCUGAUAUCUCAAGGCGAUGCACUCCGGUCUGAUGAAGCGAGCCCGGUGCAUGGGCCAAGUCUGAGUAUGGUGUGCAGAUGCAAACUAUGUUACACUAAAUUUCAUUCUGUAUGUAUUCAUCCUUGAGCAUCAUUGAAAUAAUUCAUCCUACUUCAUUGUAGGACACACACACAUACACACAGAAAACGAAUUGGAGUUUGGAUCGACUUAUGUUGAUAUUUCAUGUGCAUAUUGUAAUGUAGAUUAUAUAUAGUAAGGGGUAUGGGUAUGAGAUUCA